CUCGUUUGACACGGAAUAACCCCGACUCGCCUUCCCCAUGGUCCCGGUGAUAGAAAAAUCUGCAUUAUUUGAUUCGGCUGCUCGGACCUCUUGCUUGCUACGACUCUUCCUCUCGUCCGUGAAAUGUUGCGCAAUAACGGGGAAUGUCCCACCUCCUGCCAGACAAUGGCCAGAAGCGUUGUCGCCCGCAAACGGAACAUCCAAGGUAGAACCAAGGUGAAGACCGGUUGUGCAACCUGCAGAAUUAGGAAGGUCAAAUGCGACGAGAUUAAACCGGUUUGCAAAAAAUGUGUCAGCACGGGUCGUACUUGCGACGGCUACGCGUCCCCAUUCAGAACUUUUACCAUACAAAGCAUCUACAACGCUCAUGCUGGCGGCAAUAAGUCACACAUUGAUCUACAACCCAUCGGGCCCACCUUAACUAAGAUCGGCCCCCGGGACUGCGUGUCGUAUAGGCGGAUCAAUCAAGCUGGCUUGGAGGACUUGCCUGGCUUCUUCGUCACAGCCCAGCUUCACGUCGAACAUGGUUUUGGUCGAGAAGCAACGACUGAGAAGUUCGAUGUCAUGUCUCUCAGAGCUCUUCGGGAAGAUCUGGAGACGUCCAGAGACGGUUCAGCAUCUGUCGUGCAGCAGACCCCGAACUAUAACUAUGGACUCCAACAAUACUGUACGGCUUUGGGGGGUCUUGCGUCUAACCUCUCAUCCCCGGGCGCCAACGGAUUGAAGUCAACAUUACUUUGCUGUCAGAUCUUCAUCAGUAUUGAGCAAGUGCGAGGGAAUUACUCUGCCAUGGCCCAGCAUAUCAUUCGAGGACUCAGGAUCAUGCAAGAGUACCGGGCAAGGCCAGAUUUUGUUGCCGAAGAUAAACUGGCGCCAGCAAACCAUGAAACUCUACCCUUCCUGGAUGUUUUCAUCAUCAAGCUGUUUGCUGCACCAUGUAAGUUCGCGGAUCCUCCAGCAACAGCCGACAUGGGCGGUACGACUUUGUCCGGGGUUUUGAUCUCGCAUCAUCAACCGCCUGCGGAAUCUCGCCAUUUUCACACAAUUGCUCCCAACAUGCGGACAGAGCUUACAAGGAUCGCUAAAUCAACGCUUGAAUUCCUCGGAAAAGUGUCGCGAGUCGAAUCAGUAGGAAACGCUCUUCGACUACUAUCCGACAAAGCCGCUCUGCUGGACUCUUUAAAAUCGUGGCUCAUUGAUCUCGAGCGCGUCCAGACAGAGAUAAAAUCUUCUCGCCUCGAGCCUCUUUCAGUGUCUUUCAUGCGCUUCUUCCAUUUGAUACUAAAAAUCGUUCUCUUGGGUGCUCUAGACUCCUCACCAGAUCUUUAUGCCGAGCUGCAGACCGAGAACGAUCGAUUACAGGGCGUAGCUAACAGCCUGGGUGAAAGAGUCAUGGCUUAUAGAAUGUGCAGUGGGACUAGUAGUGAUCGAGGAGAACGAUCUAAUAUGCGCUGAUAUUCAGGGCAAAGAGGCGUGAUCUUUCUUAGCCACGCAGUUGAUUUGCAAAUUCGACGGAGAGCUACCUCCCUUGAAAGUUUAAGGUGCAGGGACGUUUCUAGCACCCGUACCUUAACCAAGGUAUAUUACAAGGCGCGCAAUAAUGUAGAAAAUCUUUUUG